AUGCCCUACCUGUGGGCUUUUGAGUCCCAUAAGAUUUACUGUGCACCCAAACCCCAGGCGCCGGAACCGACCAGCGCGACAGAUGCCCUUCAAACCCCGCCGCAUGGUACCAGCGAGCCGGAAGCCAACGAGAGCUCGAACGCACAAGCAAAACGAAAUGCAUACAACGUGGAAGCAUUAGCGUCCUCCCCACAAAUCAAAGACCUGCUUGCUCAGAAUCCUCAGCUUUGUGAUUGCCUACGCGAUAUCUACAAGAUUACUCUGGAAGAGGAGUGGAUAGAACAGGGACCUGCUGGGCGAUCACGACCUUACCAUCGCGGACGAGGAGGAGGUUACCGCAACCGAGGCUCUUGGACCCGGGAGAAGGGUUUCAACCGAGGUUUGGGCAAGGUUAGAAAGUUGAGAGAGAGAUGCGAAGAAGGAUUGGAGACCGGAAAGCAUGCUGAGGGGUUUAUGAAGUUUAUGGCUUUGAUUAACAGCGAAAACCAGCACCAGCCACCCGCAUGA